AUGGUGUUUGUUGUUGUUCAAACAGAAGUUGCCUCAAUUGCUAGCAACGAAACCGUGUGGAAUGAGAGAGAGGUGGUCGAUGGGGCAAUAUGGUUUAGGAGUUUUGGCAAUGUGGAAGGAGGAGGAGGAGUAAGUGUGGGAUUGAGGGUAGAAAUUGUUCAAAGAAUGAAGUGUGAGCAAGAAAGAGCAGGUUGGCUAGGUGGGGAAGACAAUCAAGCAAGGGUGAAGAGAGUAGAGGAGUUUGGAGGGGUUGGUGAUUGGAGGAAAUUUAAAAAAUGCUAUGUCCUGGUUGAGAGUGAAGGAAAGAUGGUGUUUGUUGUUGUUCAAACAGAAGUUGCCUCAAUUGCUAGCAACGAAACCGUGUGGAAUGAGAGAGAGGUGGUCGAUGGGGCAAUAUGGUUUAGGAGUUUUGGCAAUGUGGAAGGAGGAGGAGGAGUAAGUGUGGGAUUGAGGGUAGAAAUUGUUCAAAGAAUGAAGUGUGAGCAAGAAAGAGCAGGUUGGCUAGGUGGGGAAGACAAUCAAGCAAGGGUGAAGAGAGUAGAGGAGUUUGGAGGGGUUGGUGAUUGGAGGAAAUUUAAAAAAUGCUAUGUCCUGGUUGAGAGGUUUGUGUUGAAAAGAAUGGAUGGAAGCUUGGUGAUGACUUAUGAUUUCAAGCACUCUAUCAGAUCAAAAGCAAAUGGGAAUGAGAUUAUGUGUUAUCUUGGUUUUAUAGAUAUAUCCUCAGGAGUUUUUGUAUUUAGUGAUGAGUUUACCUUUUCUUAA